AUUGGGGGGGGGAUUUUCUUUUUCCUCUUCUCUCUCCUCCACCAGUAGAAGAGGAUCCCAAAAGUGACAUCCACAUAGCGAUCGGGGAGAAAGCGGUGGGAGCCGUGGCUACACUCUCCAUCCACGGCCACUCUUUUAUUCUCUUGUUUUUCGGUUUUUCCCCGCACUGUGCAACUAGGCUGGAGAGCGCGAUCUCGCUCCGGAGAUGAAGCCCUUGGGCACAUUUACCCGACAUCAUAUAUAGAAAUGCACUUGUGAGACCGCGGACCUGAACACGUUUCCUGUGCUUGACAGCGUGACGGAAAAAUAUCAACACAAAACGCCGUGUCUCAUUUCCAAAGGGAUUCGCUCACAUUUCAGUUUUUCACGGCGACAUGUGCGACUUGAUGCCAGCCUCGCAACCCACGGAAAAAAUCGGUAAAAUGAAAAAGUUGCGGAGAACUUUGUCGGAGAGUUUCAGCCGCAUCGCGUUCAAGAAAGAGGACAGCGGCUUCGACGAGAUAUGCGUCACCAAGAUGUCAGCGCGUGGCUGCCAGGGAACGGACUCGGCGGGCGUCAGGCCGCUGGACACCAUCCCUGAGGACCGGAAGGCGCGGGUGCAGCGCACGCAGAGCGGCCUGGAUGCCUUCGAGAAGCCCGCCAGCCAGGUGAAGCGUGUUCAUUCUGAGAACAACGCCUGCAUCACCUCCACCAAGAGCGCCACUCUGGGGAAGGAAUCCCCCAAAGUCCGCAGACACUCCAGCCCUAGCUCGCCCACGAGUCCUAAGUUUGGGAAGGCCGACUCCUACGAGAAGCUUGAGAAGUUGGGGGAAGGUUCAUAUGCCACGGUUUACAAAGGGAAGAGCAAGGUGAAUGGCAAGCUGGUCGCCCUCAAAGUAAUACGGCUGCAGGAGGAAGAAGGGGCACCGUUCACCGCCAUCAGGGAAGCGUCCCUCCUGAAGGGCUUGAAGCACGCAAACAUCGUACUGCUGCAUGACAUCAUCCACACCAAGGAGACCCUGACGCUGGUCUUCGAGUAUGUGCACACCGACCUGUGCCAGUACAUGGACAAGCACCCAGGGGGUCUCUAUCCAGACAACGUGAAGCUCUUCCUGUUUCAGCUGCUGCGCGGCCUGUCCUACAUCCACCAGCGAUACAUCCUGCACCGAGACCUCAAGCCCCAGAACCUGCUCAUCAGUGACACCGGCGAGCUCAAGCUGGCUGAUUUUGGUCUGGCGAGGGCCAAGUCGGUACCCAGCCACACCUAUUCCAAUGAAGUGGUGACGCUCUGGUACCGCCCCCCCGACGUACUGCUGGGCUCUACCGACUACUCCACCUGCCUGGACAUGUGGGGCGUGGGAUGCAUAUUCGUGGAAAUGAUGCAAGGCGUCGCUGCGUUUCCUGGGAUGAAGGACAUCCAGGAUCAGCUUGAGAGAAUAUUUCUGGUACUCGGUACCCCGACUGAGGACACGUGGCCUGGUGUCCACUCCCUGCCUCACUUCAAACCCGACCGAUUUUCCAUGUACAGUCCGAGGAAACUUCAGCAAGCGUGGAACAAGCUGGCCCAAGUGGACCAUGCCGAGGAGCUGGCUGCCGGAUUCCUCCAGUGCUUCCCAAAGAACCGCCUGUCAGCCCAGGUCGCCCUCGGCCAUCCAUACUUCAGCGCCCUGGCGGCCCAGCUCUGGGAGCUGCCCGACAUGUCUUCUAUCUUCACUGUAGCAAGCAUCCGGCUGCAGCCGGAACAGGAGGAUGUGAGUGGCGGACGGGGCAAAGCGACGUCCAAUGGCAAGCACUGACACGCAGCACAGCAUGCCAGAUGUCAGUGCUGAGCAGCAGGUGGAUGGAGGUCACAGCCCGGCCAGGUGACAGCGCCAGAUUCGUUCAGGUGCCCGUUUGCUUUGAAGAACACGGCUGGCGGGAGGACGACCUGAGGGCCCGUGCGCUUGUGCGCGCUUUUCCAGUUAAUCAUUAGAACUAUGUCUCCUUACAUUUAAGUGAAUGUUCUGUGUGUUCAUCUACCCAUUCAGGCUCAGUGUGGCCUGGAAGGAUGUUGAUGUGUUGAUAUGUAAGAUCAUACGCAGACACACUCGUGCAUGGAGAGACACGCUACUCCCUUCUCUCUCUCCGCAUUCAUUUCUGUCUUUAAGGUGAAGUUCUUACUUUGUUUCAGCAGUGAUCUUAAAUCAGCGAGGCUGUGAUUUGUGAUGUUUUUUUUUCCCCUUGUGGUUUAGCAUUCAGUAGGUAAACGUUUCCAGACAAUGCUAGCAUAUAACUUCCUUUGUAUUGGGAGUCCGCUGGAGGGAUUGCACCUGGGUAUUUGGACGAGAAAGCCCCCCCACACCCUAAGACAUCAGAAGCAGGAAACGGGGGCGAUGGUGGUCGAGGAGGGUAAAUAGCUGGAGGGGAAAAUCUAGGAACCGGUGACUUUUUAAUGUUCUCAUCUCAGAAUGUUGCCAGGGACUGUCUGAAAACUUUCCUACAAGAUCUUUGUUUGAAAUUUCAGCAGUAAUAAUAUUGUAACAAUAAAUAAUCGUGCGCUUCGCACAAUAUGUCAUGCAGAUACGCUUGUCCAGGGCUGUUGCCGGCCUUGACCUGCGACUGCAGGGAAACAAGGAUGCUUGCAAUAUAUUCUUAGUGACAUUACGCACUCGCACUUGACACACUCUCGCUGUGUGUAUACAUAAGACUACCAUGGGCAAUAGACACGCAGUGGUGCUGCUGCGUACAGGAUACAGGGAGCAUCUAGCCUCAGUGACCCGCUUACGUUUUCAGUUUGCCUGUUAUUAAGCAAAUCCCAUUCAACCUUCAAAGGAGAUGGGACAGUAAUCUUUGGAUUUUUAACCUGCAGGGACCGAUUUUAAAGAAAAAAACUAAUCAACAGGCUUAACUUGUCUCCUGGUGUUUCUUGAACCUUAAUAGGGAGGUCAGGUCAGAGCAAAAUUUUAUUAGCAAUGACCACAAACGUGUGUUGGAUUCAGUUAGUCUUCCACAUCACAGUUCAUGUCCACAACAGAAACUCUUUACAGAUUUUUUUGGCUGAGGAGGUGGGAGGGAUUAAGGGACUUGUGUGGUCUUCCUUUGGCUCCUCCUGCAUGCCUUUGCCUCAAAGUUCUCUGCCUCGAUACCUUGCCUCCACCACACUGAAGCAGUGGUUCAUGGUCUAAUAGUGCUGAACGUGAUUUCGGGAUGUGGUCUUAGACUCUGAACAUCAGCCUUCAGUGCUGUCGACGAUUAUGCUGACACUGACGUGAGAACCUUCCUAACUAUUUAUUUACCCCAGAAAAAAAAAUUUCGGCGCUGAAAAGGUUUACAGAUGCACAACCCAUUAAGACAACAAAGUUGUACUUAAACUGAUUUUCUGUAGUGAAUGUGAGAACAGGUAGAAAACCAACCUCGAUGUUCUCCAUUUCACUGACCCACCAACUCUCUCCCGGUGGUAGACUGCGUUGCUGUAAGACAGAAUUAUUCAAAGCCAUUUGUAACGGAUGGAAACCUUUAUCAAGCUAUAAUAAUGUCUUGACCGUGUCAAAGGGCACGUUGUUUAAUAACGUAUAUGACUCUGCACUGUUAACGAGGAGUACGAGAGAAAUGGAUUGUUAUGGAAACCUGGUAUCUCUUUGUCACUGCUCACACUGGCGGGCUCAGAGGGACCCGUAAACACGUGACCUGUAUGCAUGUACCCAUAGGCUUUAGGGUCAGAUUGCAGACACCGCCUUCCGUCUGCCGCUGACUUGGCUGUCCUUCAGGACCUUUCUGAGUGGCUCUUAAUGACAGAUGACCUCAUUUGCUGAUGGGCUGCGCUGAUGUCACCAGUCAUUUAACCACUGCCUCCAAAACCGUCCAAAAUUUGCAGGGAAAUGCGUAAAAGGAAGAUAAUAUCAAAGGCUGUUUUAUAUCAGUAGUUACUGUUGCCUUCGGGCUGUUGGUAGGAUUAGCUCUGAGCAUCAACCCUGACGAACAUAGAUGAAACGAGAAAAAUCAGUCGGCGCGUUAAUGCGCCACGCGGAGUCUUCUGCUAACGAGCGUUCUUGAAUACGCUUCUUUCUCCAAUAUUCCAGCUAAACGAAGAAUCGCUUUGCGUCGAGCCCACGUCGUCCAGUCAGCGCAUUAACACAUUCGCAGCAGUCGUGCAGGACGUGCUGUGGUAGUAUAGCAGCAACUGGAAGUUCUCAUUUGCAGCCGAUAGAAAACACUUGAAGUAACUUUGGCGCAUUUCGGUGUAAUUCUGACAACGGUGUGUACAUAACAAAAUGAGGGCCAGUGACCUCACAGGAGAUACUGCAACAAAGCGCAAUCAUAUAGACGCGCUCAUCGCACUUCGGAAUGACUUCCAGACACUAUUAACAACUGAAUCAUUCAAGUACUCUAAGCAUGCAAGUAUGUCGUAUGGCAAUCUUAUGUCUUAUCUGUAGUUCUUUACUGUCCUCUUGUGAGCAGCAGAGCACCAUGGCCUACCGGAGGAUUCGAGUGCUUCCAAAUAUGUUUCCCUCAACAAGCGAUUCAGGCAUUGAGGUAACAGAAAUCCAGCUGACCGAAUGGGUUGCGGAGUUCAUUUGUGAGCUAAAUGGCUUGCUGUAUAGUAGGCAUCGGCUAAAAAAAACAAAAACAAUAUGAAUAAUAAAGGAAUAACUGAAAAUGUGGGAGACUUGCAAUAUAAUUGCACAUCUGAUAACAGCACUGUGACAGUUGAACAGGCAGUUUCAGUGUUAGCCAUCAGCUCUCGCUUUGCCUCUCUUUCCUGUUGUUAUAUAUUUAUAAAUAUGUAUACUGUAAAAAAGGGAAGCCUUCAAGGGGAGCGAGCAGAGGCGCACAGUGCGGAAUCAGUACUUAUGAUCAUCUGUGAAUAUUUAAUCAUUUUGUUUAACUUUGUUAUAAACUGUCUCAGUUGUAUAUACCGGGGAUCAUGUACCCCUGUGGACAGUGUAACCGUAGUGAUACUUCAAAGUUAAAAAUGUAUAUCUUUUCAGGUCACGAAUGUUCCUUCCAAUCAAUCAACCACAGGAUUCAUAUAUAUAUAUAUAUGAAUAUACACAUACACAUAUAUAUAUAUAUAUGUGUGUGUGUGUGUAAUUUUUUGAAUGCCAAGUCAGGCUUCGAUUACAUAUUCUCUUUUUCCAUAUGAUGCACUGAAAAACAAAGGUUGACAAGGGGUUUGGAACAUAGAAACGUUAUCAGUCACUUUUUAAAUGCUAAAAACUUAGUCAGUUAGUCGAGCAGUGGUUACCUUAUUUGUUACAAGCUCUGUGUAAUAAUGUUAUUAUGGAAGAUGUAAUGUCCUUCUGUAAAUGUUGUUCAUUGACGUUUUACCUGAAAUAAAGUUUAUUGACUUAAA